AUGUUAGGAGAAAUUGAUACCCAGAAUUCCGAUGUGAUCGACGUUUCCUUGGAAGAUAAAAAAGCAGAGGACUUGGAUGAAGGCGAGGAAACAGAGGACUUGGGGUAAUUGUCCAUUUUGCCUUUUUCGAACAAUAAUUUUCUCAGCUUUUCACACUAUAGAUUGCUCUCAAUUUUUGUUUUUGCAUGCAUUCUUAUUUUCAUUUCCUCCUUUCAUUUUUCUUCGUUACUCCAUUUUGAGUCACGUGAUGCACUUGGCAACCAUAACCUUGAUCUUGGUUACCUUGCAGAAAGAAACGAAUCACGAUCUCGCUGAAAACAAACAAAAUGGCUCAACAACAGUCAUAUAAGCUAGCUCGAUUCGCGAAAUAUGGGCCACCGUGUCUAACACAAGAAGAAAAAACCAAGUGUGAAAAGGGAUUUGUGCUUGAUUCGAUUGCUGUGAGCACACUGUCUGAUGAUUCGGGCCGCGCGAACCCGAAAAUGGCGACAGCCAUUCCACCAUACAAUGCCCAAAAAGACAAGCAUUCUAAAGGAUAUUUUGAAAAACCUGUUGUCAAAAAGCUAUUGAGGAAGACAGAGCAGGUGAGAAGGACUUGAAUUGAAAUGGUUGCUUUACUUUGUAGUAGAUCGGACGAGCGGAAAUUGCAUUUAAUAUGCAAGUUCCACAUUCCCGGGCGAAAUCUAGAACAAAAUAAUUUCCACUUGAGGAAAGUGCAGUGUUGAUUGUUCUUGUAAGUCCAGGAAUGAAAUCACAAAUUAAAAUGACUUGUUCCUUUUUAAGAAAAAGGUUAUUGUUUUAGUCCAAAUCAUUCUAACAAAUAUUGGUGAUCAGUAAGCCCUCUGUAAGCAAGCGGAUUUUAAUAUUUUGAGCUUUUUUGGUCUAUUAUCUGCAGUGAGAAAACAAAGUGGUAUUCACGUGUACCAUUAUGAUUACAGGUAGAACAGAAUGACUUGAAGUCCUUCCCUUAUUACCAGUGAUCCUAAUCAUUCUAUCAACAGCUGUACAAAUCACCAUUGUAGAGUGUACUGUCAAAUCUGACAAAUGCAGACACCUUGCUUAUACAGACACCCCUUUAUCCCAGACAGCAGGUUAAUCCCUAGAGUCUCCUCACAGUCAUUCUUAGAAUUUGUCAUGCGUUUGUCCUUCACGGUUGUUUGUGAGAGAGGAAUGGGUGACACAAGAACUUCUGCAUGCGACGCUGUUAAGUGGAGUGGAACAUUUGACUGAAACAAACUUCUAUCAUUUACACACUCUUGCAACAACAGGCUUACGGAUAAUUUUUUAGGUCCUGAUGGCACAGAUAACAAGCAGCAUCUUUCAACAUUAACACUCAAUACAAACAAUAGUUCAUCAAAUGCCAUUCCCUGUAGGCUACAGUGGGAUUUAUAAUUCUUCUGUUGCACAGCAUUUCAAAGGAGGCCCUUUGCCGCAAACCAUUCACGUGGUACUUUUGCUCUCCAGCAUAGCAGUUUUGUAACAUGUGAAUGGCUAGCUGCAAAGGGCCUAUUGUGUUAAUCUCAUUAAAAUGUUUCUAAGGAAAUUCUUGCACCCCCUUUUUUAUCAACCCUUUUUGCUAUUAAAAACAUUAUUUAAUUCAUUCUGAGUGUCCACAAUGAUGACAGUUGACACAGACUCGUUUUACCUGAUAUGCAUGUGUGUUUUCAGAAAAUACCCCCCCCCCCAGGGAUAAGAAAAUCUCUUAGCACUCCUCCCCCCUUCCCCAUGCCCACCCUCUUAAAUUCCCAUUUUCCAAACAUAUUCUUUUAAUACAUUUAGGACCCUCCGGGUGACUCCAUUGCUGGAAAACAAAUGGACAAAUUCUACGACAAGGGAAUGAUGGGUACUUACAUUAAGCUUCGUAACAGUGCUGGAGCUGGUAAGAUAUUUUGCUAAAUUAAGCCCAACCUUGUUCCCAGGGUUCUCUCCUACCCAUCCCUAUGGAGCGAGAGAGAGAGAGAGAGCCUGAGAACAAGGUUGAAUAACGCCCUCAAAAUAGUCGAAACGUACCUACAAAAACAGGCUACUCUCUCAUUCUCUUUGGGCCCGCAGUAAUUGCCAAUUGAUGUUGUGGUGUCCCCGCCUGUACUCUUGUGAAUAUAUGCAUGUACACUUUUUUUCUUGUAGUGUCACUUACCUUAAUGUUAUUGUCUGGCGAAGUUAAUAAAAGAAAAAAGAAAAUAAAGUAACUAGCAAUAAUUAUUUGCCUGUGAUGAUUUUGGUUGUGACAAGAGCCCUGUAUGACCCUGAGUGAGCACUCCCAUGGCUUUGUGCCCACGCAACAGUGUUUUCACAGACAAGCUUCUUUUAAAUUGAUUUUUCCCCAAAGUUUGACCGUCAAAUCAGUCAGCAAAACCCAGAAACCAGAGAAUAAUAUUUCUGAUGUUCUUUUCUGUUUUCAUGUAACAUGCAAGGAUGCACCCUCAGUGCCUCCAUUUUCGUGAGAAAAAGUGCACCAAAGUGAUGUUCAAAAUAUCAUCUGUGAUAGUGGUAUAAAAUCCAUGAAGCCCUAUUAAGACCCUUGCUGGUCAUUGUUGAUCACAAAUCUGCUAGCUGGAUCGGUUCAGGGUAGCUUGAGUUGAAAUCCUCGGCCAGGGUAGCCAGGGGAAAUCCUGGCCCCCGCCUCGUAAUGACAGCCCUGCUUGGACAUGCUUGAAAAUAGCCAACUGGUUUGCCCGUGGCCAGUUGGUAUUCUUAACCUCAUUAAGUUUAAGUUAGAUUAUCAUUCGAAGCAAAUUUUUCUCUCUUUUCACUGGCCAAGAGCCCACCACGUGACCUGCAAAUAAUUACCUACAAAUAAUGGUCUUCUCAUGCAUAAUGCCGUCCGACUGUGUUUGGCUGCAAAUAAUAUUUUACUCAUGCGUAAAGGAAACCGUGCUUUUCUCCUUCUUGCAAUCACUAUUGCAUGAAAAUGGCCCAAGGAUGUUCAUUAAAAAAGACAAACUCGGUGAUCAAAUGAUAAAACAAUUAUUGAACUCGGUUAUCACAAAAUAUCGUGAUUUGUCAGUGUCUAGCUCGCACAUCAAUAUUUAUUGUUUGCCUCAGCAUUUGGCUUCACGAUAUUUUGCUCAACCUCGUCCAAUAAUAUUGUUAAUUAUUUGUUCCAGACAUUUGCUGGGCCCCACUAGCAUCAGUGCUAUAAAUACUGCUGAGGGUAAAUAACAGAAUUAUUGUUAGUAAUAUUUUACCAUUAUUGAUUAAAUUAUAUAUUCUUAUUAUUAUUCUUUCAGGGCACUCAACCAGCCAAGUUGGUGGUCAUGGUUUGUUCAUGGAAAAUAUUCCUCCCCUAAAUGGCUUCAAUGGCUCCUUUGGUUUUCGAAGAAACACUCCUUGGCUUCGAAAUCAGCCAUCUGUUUUUACAGGUUUGUUCAAUCAUGCAAGUAAACCUUGCAAAACGUUUACAGUGUUGCAAUUUGCAAUUGUGGCAGUUAGAGUCUGAGUAAAAGUUUUAAUGAAGAAUAUUGAUCCCUGCAUUCAACAGAAUUACCCCUCUGUCUCUUUCUCAACACAAAAGGUUGCUAGGCUAUGGUCGGGCGAACAGCUUCAUUUUCGUACAAUAUUUGAAACAAAGAGAACCUGGUGAUAUUAUUUUGUGAACACCUUAAAAUAGUAUGUCUCUUGACUUUCAGCUUUUUCAUAAUGUUCAACCCAGAUCAUGUAUAUAAAUAUAAUUGCAAUAAUGUUGUUUAGUACAAUCUUAUGUUCAUGUAUAACAUCAUUCUGUUUCUUUAUAAAUUUGGAUAAAACAGCAUUGAACGAGUGAAAAGAGAGAAGCCGGUAUGUUCUUCUCAUCUGAAUAUUGAUCUCAGAAUUUUUAUUUCUUUUCCAUACUUUUCAGGAAAAAUUGACAGUCGCUCACUAGUCCCUUGAGGAAAUUCUAAUGCUCACAAAUGUCAAAGACACUGGCAUCAACCUACUAACUGGUACAGAUUUAAUGUUCAAGUGUGAAUGAAAAUGUUACUGAGUACAAGUGAUGUACAUAGUAAUAUAAUGAUCUUCUGUGUUUGAAGUCACUGCUUCUGAAGUGUAAGUGGCAUAACAUUUUACAAUAUUAACCCCCUCUCUGGAUUCAUUUCUCUUAUGUUAAACAUAACUCCCUGUAAAGCAGUAGUCUGGCCCUUUUCAUUACUUGAACAAUCUUGGAGAACAACAGACUGCAAGUUUUGGAAUGACUUAUGUUCAAAAUUAAUACAGUCCAAGCUGUCAAACAGUCUUGACGGAAUUGAAAUUGGUAAUGAAGAGUCUCCAUUGCACUGAAAGGGGAGAGGCUACACUCCUGAAAAUGUAGCAUGCUGAAACAGGACAGGAGAGGGUGUGAGGAACUAAAAAUUAAAGUUAGUAUACCAUGGAACAUGAACAGGAUUUAGUUGAGAUCUCCCAAGAACAAAUCGUGGAAGGCAACAUACAGUGUACUUUAAUUUUAAAGUGAAAUGUCCAUAAAAUGUAUCUGUUUUCUAAUGAGAAAUGCUACAAGAAUUUUGCAGGUUAACUUUCCUAGUCACAAUAUUGUUAUUAUAACAUAAAUGGCACUCUGUGACUUAUUGAUGACAAAGCUUUGUACUCCAGUUUAACUUAUUUUUAAAUUAUUAUUCAGACCAAAAUGGUUCUUAAAAAAUUAUGUUUUACCUGAAGUGUGCAAAUAAAAAUUUUAAUGUUGUUAAAA